AUAAUCUGAUAUUCAUUUCUAGGUUUUUAUUGUUCAGUCGUCACUACAGUUAGAAUCAGUUGAUAUUUAUGGAUAUAAAUAAAUGUAUUAUAUCUGCUUCAUUAUGGGCAGCCGUGUAUUUAUUGUUUGGUUCCGCGGAUGCUUAUAAUAACGAUAAGCCUUGCGCGUCUCAAGAAAUAUACAAUCGUUCGGUAAUAUGUGUCUGCAAUGCAACGUAUUGCGAUACAAUCACGAAAGAAACUGUAAAUCCCGGCAGAUUUAUGGCGUAUACUUCGUCAGAGAAUGGAUUGCGUUUCCAGAAAGUAACCUCGCUCAUCGAAGUAUUUCGUAAAUUAUCCGAUUGUUCUACGACCAUAGAACUGGAUCCGAUGACGAAAUACCAGACUAUACAUGGUUUUGGAGGCGCUGUCACCGAUUCUGCGGGCUUCAUUUGGAACAACAUUCAAGAUGAAGGCCUAAAGCAAGCUUUGAUUGAUUCAUACUUCAGCGAUACUGGAUUAGAGUACAACAUGAUUAGAACACCGAUAGGAGGUAGUGAUUUUUCAAGCCGCGCAUACACUCUGAACGACUAUCCUCUUGAUGAUAAGGAACUCGGAAACUUCAGUUUAAGUUACGAAGAUUACAAUUAUAAGUUGCCAAUGAUAAAAGCUUGCCUAGCUGCAGCGAGCUCGCAGGUCUUCAUGGUUGGAACAACGUGGUCACCUCCAGCGUGGAUGAAGACUUCCGGAUCAUUAACGGGCGUCGGUUAUCUUAAGGAAGAGUAUUUUGAGGCGUAUGCUAAUUACCACAAGAAGUUCCUAGAAGAAUACAAAAGGAACAACAUUUCUUUUUGGGCUAUAACGACCACUAAUGAACCUUUGAAUGGUGUUGUAGAUCUACCGGACUUCAAUUGUCUUGGUUGGACAAUCGAGGGGAUGGGUUCAUGGAUUGUUGAUUAUCUAGGACCGACAAUCAAGAAUUAUGAUCCCACAAUUAAGAUUCUUGGUAUUGACGAUCAAAGGAAUACACUACCUAUUUGGUUUACAGCAGUAAUGUUGAAGCGUCCCGAAGUUGCGCAGGUUCUUGAUGGGAUCGCCCUCCACUUUUAUUUUAACGAUAUAACGCCGCCUUCAAUGGCAACGACGGUUCUUAAAGACUAUCCAGACCUUUUCUUAAUAUCCACGGAGGCUUCGAUUAGUUGGGUUUACCUUUUUUAUUAUACGAUGCCAGGUGGUGGAGGAAAGUCCUCGAAUAGAGGCCACGGAUGGCCACGGAUGGGUACCAGGAGCGUGGGGCGUCCUCCAACCAGGUUGACCGACGACUUAGUGCGCACGGCGGGAAGUCUUUGGAUGCGGAAGGCGGAGGACCGCAUUCUGUGGAAGGCAUUGGGGAAGGCCUAUGUCCAGCAGUGGGCGGAUAAAGGCUGAUGAUGACCUUUUUUAUUUGCGUUAACUGGGACUAUCAUAAUUCAAAAUAACCAAAAACACUAGGAUUGAUUAGUUUUUAGCAGUAGCUCACGGGCCAGGCUCAGCAUUGUAAAUUAGGAGAGACCUAUGUCUAUUUUUUUUUUAUUUUUUUUUUAUUGCAUAUUUGGUUUGACGAGCUCACUGCCCACCUGCUGUUAAAUGAUUACUGGAGCCCAUAGACAUCUACAAUGUAAAUGCCGCCACUAACCUUGAAAUAUAAGUUCUAAGGUCUCGAGUAUAGUUACAAUGGCUGCCCCACUCUUCAAACCGAAACGUAUUACUGCUUCACGGCAGAAAUAGGCAUGGUGAUGGUACAUACGCGUGCGGACUCACAUGAGAUCCUAGCACCAGUAAUUACGCAAAUUAUAAUUUUGCGGAUUUGAUUUUUAUUACACGAUGUUAUUCCUUCACUGUGGAAGUCAAUGUUUAGUCUAGGCAGUGUGCUGUCUGUUUUGUUUGGAGUCAAGGAGGAGCAAUAAUAAUAUCCUGAUAAGUUGACGACCCAUCCAUGGCUAAGUGGUUAAGCCGCCGCCCCUCUGCAGCUCGGGGCAAAAGGCUCAUUGGAAUAAUGAAAUAAUGAUUACGUUAUUAUUCAAACAGUAAUGCCUACUUGGCAAGUAGUUAGGAGGACUGAACUAGUAGUAAGUAGUAGGUUUAGCAGUAAAAUAUAUAUUAUUAU